UCUGCAGGUGAUCUCCAAAGCUGCUUUCGGGACAUAGACACGGCCCUGGUGUUUGGCCAGAGGUGCUUGGGUUGUUGGGAGCUCCUCCGAGGAUGGACGGAGAAAGAGAGGGUGGGGUUCCUGGGCAGAGCUCGGGGAGGCGGGGAGAGAAAUGAGAUUAGGAAACAAAAGGGGGAGGCUGAGCGCCGGGGAGGAUGCAGCGGGUGCCACGCUGCAGGGCCAUGACCCAGCCCAGAGCCUGUCAGGAGCAGGAGGACGGUUUGCGUGAAGUGACUCUCUCUACCCAGAGGCUGCGUGUGCUGCCUCCAGCAGUCCUGAGCAACCCCAUGCUGGAGAGCCUUGACCUCGACAGGAACAAGCUCAGGAGCGUCACCGGCAUUUCUAAGCUUUGCAACCUGAAGAAGUUAAUACUGUCCAAGAACGAAAUUGUGGACUUUCCCAAUGAAAUCCAGAGCCUGGUCUGUUUAGAGAAGCUUGAGCUGAAUCAGAACCAAAUCCGAGUCAUCCCAGAGGGGAUAUUCUCCCAUCUCCCCAGGCUUAAACACUUGCGGCUGAACAACAACCGUCUUGGUGCCCUCCCCAGGGACCUGGCAGCUUGUCGAGGCAGCCUCCAGUACCUCAACAUCUCCAACAACCUGUUCCGGACCUUCCCCCAGCCUGUCCUGCAGCUGGACCACUUACAGGAACUCCAUAUGCAGAAUAAUGCCCUUCGCCAGCUCCCCAGGGAACUCUUCCAGGGGCAAUCCCUGAAAACGUUCAAGGCCAAUGGGAACCCCCUCCGAGAGCCACCCAGUGAAGUGUGCGCUGGUGGCAUCCAGCAGAUCCGGAAUUACUUCAACCAGCUUCAACACAAUUCAGGGCAGGAGGACAAGAGGGUCAAGACCAUGUUCCUGGGGGCCUCACUUGCAGGGAAGUCCACCAUCUGCAAAAGUCUGAAGCAAGGGCAAACCAAACUGGUGCCCAAGGAAGAGCGAACGGUUGGGAUAGAGAUCAGUGAGUUCCGGAUUGAGGACUUCACGUUUCUCUUCUGGGACUUCGCUGGCCAGCUGGAGUACUACAUGACUCACCACGUGUUCAUCACCCCACAGGCACUCGUUGUCCUUGUCAUCAAUCUCCACAUGUACCAAACUAACGACAAGGCUUUCAAGGACCUCGUCGGUUUCUGGAUCAACAACCUGUCCAUGCGAGUUCCAAACUCGGUGGUGCUUCCUGUGGGAACCCAUGUGGACUGCUGUCGGGAGGAGGAGGUGGAGGAGAAGAGGCGCGACAUCAUGGCCAAGAUCACGGCCAUGCUGAUGGAGAGAAAAAGCAACCUUGCUCACUUCAUCAACAACCUGGAGGGCAGUGAGGAGCCUGAGUUCUACAUGGACCAGUGGGAGAGGCUGAAGGAGAUGGAGAACUGCACGUUAACCAUCUUAAACUUAGUUGCUGUCAACUGCACGGAUCACCGUGAUAUCAAAAAGCUCGAGGCCACUAUUCUGGAGCAUGUGAAGAAUGAGGAGCUCUUCCCUGAGGUUGUCCGAGUGCUGCCACCCGUCUACAGGCAGGUGGAAGCUGCCAUCACAGAUAUUGCGCAGAGUGAGGAGAUGGCAGAUCAUGGCAUGAUGGACCUCCAGUACCUGCUCAGCAAACUCUCCCGCUACAAGCACCUGGCCAACUUGGGCAGAGAGCUUCUGCAGGACAUCUUGCGCUACCUUCACCGCAUCGGGCUUGUCGUGUGGUACGAGGAAAUCAAGCACCUGGAAAGUACUGUUUUUCUCCAGCCUACGUUUCUAAUAACUAUGUUCAAGCUCCUGGUGAGGUACCGCCUAGUCCAACAGCUCGAGAGCAUCUCUGUGGACACACUGAUCGGUGAACAUGCCACCAUCAGAGACAGGUCCAACUGGGUGUGGACCUUUAAGUCAAAGGCAAUGCUGUGCCACCGGGCCGUGCGUGCCUUGGUGAAACACCAGCUCUGUUUGGAAGGGAUGCGGGAGGUCUUUGAGGAAAUCAUGGGACACGGGCCCCACAGAGGUAGAGGGAAGCUCUUCAGCCUCCUGGAGCACUUUGAGCUCUGCCUGGAGGUGCGUCACACUGAAGCGCUCAACCCACAGGCCGCUGAGUUUGUGCCCGGGAAGCUGUGGGAGACAACGCGGGGCCAAGGCGAAUCCUGGUACUUGUUCCCAACCUAUCUGAACCAGACCGAUGAGGUCUCUGAGGUGUGGGGAGGAGAUCACCCCGAGGACCUCCACAUCCGUGCCUACUUCUCACCCGAAAUACCUGAGGGUUUCUUCCAGAGGUUCCUAGUAAAAGCUUGCUCCUUCUACUCCACACACUGGGUGGCCAAGGCAACCUGUCUGCUCGUAUGCAAUGGCAAACCUCUGCUGAUCAAAGAGAACAACCAGAGGGCCUACAGCUACCUGGAGCUCCGGUACAGAAAGCCAGGAGGAAGGACAAGUUUCCAAUUUGCCUGGGACUUCCUCAUGGCAGUUGUGUUCAUCGUCCAGAAGCUCGCCGAGGAGUGGCCGGGGCUGCAUAUGUGUGUGAAGACCCCCUGCCGAACGGCUGGCUGUCCUGCUGAGCUCAUCUGGCCGGACAUGGAUGGCACAAACACCAUGACGAAGGAAGAUGUUAAAACCUGUGGGACGUGCGGGCACCGCUUUGGCGCAGAGCUGCUCCUGCCCAAAGUGCCCAGGCAGCUGGAGGAGCCCCCAGCCCAGCCCUCUGCUCACUAUUACGUGACAAGCUACGGGACCACCACCUUCGGGACCAGCAGCAUCCACGUCAAUAAGCAGGUAAGGAGGCUGCCACCUCCCCUUGCCCAGGGUCCAACACUGAUGGCCAGGCUCAUCCUCUCCCCUCAUGCCUGAAAUGAGGGGAUGCAGCUGCUUCCAGCCUGGGGAGAGGAUAUCCCAUCUUUAGGCAGCACUCUGGUUACCACCAGAGAUACCUGAGUAACCACCUGAGAUACCUGAGUAACCACCUCUGCACCUCAGAGCUGAGCUCAUGGUGCUUCCUGUCAUAGUUACUGCCUUAUUUUUCCAGAACAUCUCAAAUGAGUAACCCCGGGCCAGCGGGGAGGCGCUCGCCGAAGAAGGAAUUAUAUUCGUUUAGCCAAAGCCAAGCUGUCCUCAACGCAUUUU